UAAACUUUCAAUAUUGAAGGGGUUGGGAUCACGUGUGUCAUGGACUCAUGAGUCAUGAGAGCUGCUGAAACUUGAAACUACAUUUCAUUUUCCAAUAGCGGUUCAAAUCGCAGUUCCAAAAUAUCUCAGUAAAACCGUAAAAACAAAAACAACAAAAUCAAUCUACCUCUAAAUUCUUCAUUGGGACUUCAAAAAAAUCUCCCCUGGACCCCUUUCUAGGCUUUCUCCAUCUCUCGAAGCCCUUUCAGAUCCUCGACGAUUCAAUGGUUCUUUGAUCAUUACAAGAUUCCUCAGUAGUUGAUAGGCGGCUAUCUUGCAACGUGCAAACCUGAUGGAUGUAGAUGAUAACAAAUCAAUUGCUGAGAAUGGAGUGGACCAUGAACGGGAAUUCCACCAACAACUUCCUAGUGAUGAAGAUGUUUUUGCUGAUAAAUCUGAUUUGAUUCCCAAUGGACGUUCUACUAAUGAAGACCUAGAGUGUGAUUUGAAGCGCACUGUUAAUUUGAAUGAAGAUGAAGCUCUUGACUCUUCUGUCCAAGAUGCUAAACAAAGCCAUGUGUCUGGCUCCAAGGAUGCUGAAUUAUCCCGUUCUGGAGAGCCCAAGACUGGCAAAGUAGAAAAGUCUCUUGGAAAGCCUAAAACUGGUAAAGUUUUGAGCCUCAUGGGAUCAAAGAAGGGACAGUUUGGAAAAGAUGUUUCUUGUGGUUCUGUCUCAAAUGGUACAAGUGCCCCAGGAUCACGGGAUAAACAAUCAUCUGUGCAUAGGUCUAAACCAUUUGAUGAUAAAAAAACUGGUGAUGUUGAUUCAAAGACAUCAUCUGCUCUUGUCAAGACUAAUAAUGCUAAGCAGUCUGGACACCCUGGCAAAACAUCUCCAAAGAGGGUUGAGCAUCUUGAAGGGCUUAAAGAAAAUCCUUCGCUGAAGCCAUUGAAGAAAGGACCUCUAAGUAAAGCUGAAGUGGCCCAAUCUGCUUUAAGUCCUACGAUCGGGGAUUCUAAGUCUUGCAGAGCUGGUGCUCUUCCAAAUUAUGGUUUCAGUUUCAAAUGUAAUGAAAGAGCAGAGAAAAGGAGAGAGUUCUAUUCUAAACUUGAGGAAAAGAUCCAUGCAAAAGAAAUGGAGAAGAGUAAUAUGCAAGAGAAGACAAAGGAAUCCCAGCAAGCUGAGAUUAAAAUGCUUAGAAAGGCCUUAGCUUUCAAAGCAACUCCCAUGCCAAGCUUCUAUCAAGAACCUCCACCUCCUAAGGUGGAGCUGAAGAAGACUCCACCAACAAGAGCCAAAUCUCCCAAGCUCGGUAGAAAAAAGAGCUCACCUACCAGGGAAAAGACUAAUGUUCAUGGUGGCACACACCAUAUCAGAUUGAGCUUGGAUGAAAGAGUAUCUCAGGAAGAACCUGGCAAAAGAUUUUCUCAUGUCAGUGUGAAAACCCCCCUGAGGAAGUCCCUUCCGAAACUGCCAUCUGAAAAGACCAAUGUGUCAGGAGAAAUAAGGAAAGCUCCAGCUUGCAGAGCUACUACCUUGAAUACGGAGAUAACUGAUAUUGCUUCUCAUCCAAACACUGCAGCCAGUGUAGAUACUGAAGCCAUUACACCUAACGGGGAGACUCAAGAAACAAUAAUAAUGGAUGUUGAGCAACCCGAGGCAGUAGCAUUUGUGGAGACAAUUCAAACUGAAGCAAAUGAUAAGUAUGUUGUUGAAGCUUCAUCACAGUCAACUGUUACCGAGGAAUCCAUCACAGCGGAUCAUUAAGAGCAAGAAGUGGAGUAAAAGAUAUCUUUCUUAAGCAGCAAACCAUAAACCCAUCUUUGCCAAAAAUGAUGGAAUGGUAUCGACAGAAGAUUAAAUGUGUUUUGGUUGUAAAUGUGCGCUGUCUUUCAAGAUUGCUGAGCUUCUCAUUCAGAAUUGUUAGCAGAUUGUAAAACUAAAAGAGUACUGCUAUUUGCACUAUUUGUCAGUUGCAGGUUGUGUAGAUCUGGGUUCUUGAGACCUCUCUUCCAGACUUCCAUGAUAUUCAUGACAUUUUUUUUCUUGAAGUGCACAAUUUUAGAACUUGGUUUGUGCUGGCUGUUCAAACAGGGAUGACGAAUGAGUGCUGUUUGUUAAUGAUUGUGUAUCUAUAAAUUAUUAAAUGCUUCGUUUGUUUGUUGUUUAAGGUUACCUCAUCAUCUUAUUUAUUGACAUUGGAAGAAACAUUGAUGUCCAAGAGUACAUUUAUAUUUCAUUUAUACGAUAUACACAGUUUAUUGGGCUUCAUUG